UGUCAAACAAACGUAAAUCAACGAAAGUCUACUACUUAGAAGUUUAGAAAUCGAAAUAAUUUUAUAUAUUUGUGGUCGAAAGAUUUGAAUACAUUAGUUUUAUGUUGCCCACAUAAUGUCUACAAAUCAAGAUAAAACUCAUGAUGUUAUUGAAUCUAAUGGUAAUUUGAAUAAAGAGGAUAAUCGGAAGACUUGGGUGAAAUUCGAUGAUGAAUCUCCACAAACUAAUGGUCAUCAAUCUGACGGAAAAGUAGCAACUACGCCAAGUACAUCUCUAACUGUCCAACAAGAAGUUCCUGCAGUUUUAAAUACGGAAACUGUCCAUGUUAAUUUAGAAAGAGGAGACAGGAAUCUCGAAAACACAUCACAUGGAAUUCUCACUAAAAAUGUAGAAUUUGUGAACAUACGUUCCGGUUUUUCAAAUGGUGAUCUUCUGGUAACAGUGUUGCCUGUGAAUGCAAACUGGCCUUGGAUAACAGCAGCACGGUUUAGGCCUGAAUUAGUACCCGAGGAACUUAUGGCUCAAGGUUUAACGCUUACGGUUGAAGAAUAUGUUCAUGCAAUGGAACUUCUUGUAAAUGAUGCCCGUUUUACACUUUACAACAUUUGUUACAAACGUGUCCUUGUUUGUUGGAUAACUUUGGCAUUUGUGGUGCUUUUAUCCCUACUUUUCUCUGGUUUAACUGGCCUGACACUAUUUUCUCUUGGAGUAUUAUGGUUGAUACUCAAUGCUAUGGCCAUUUUCCUUUGCAUGUGGAUCAAGCUAAGAUUGUCAAAGGGCUUGGAGCAGUGCUUGGGUAGCGUUAACAAGCUACUCACUAAGCAUAAUUUAUUACUGGCCUUAGAUGACAGAGGAAAAAUUUCAUGCCACAAAGUGAACUUGUGCUUUAUAUAUUUCGAUUCCGGUCCAUGUAUCACUCAUAUUCAACAAUUUAUUGAGAGUGAAGAAGGAAAAACUAUUAUGCAAGGAUGGGAACAAAGACUCGAUGUAACUGUCAACGACAUUGUGAUACAAGGAAGUCAGUCUACAAGACUAUCUAGGAAGCAGGAAAGGGCUGCGCUUCUUUUUUUACGAUAUGCGGGACGAUGGGGAGCGUACGCCAUCAAAAACCGGCUAAAUCUGAGCACAAUGGUGGCCGGCCGCCACGGAGACAAAUACGUUUGUCCGUGCCAAUUUAUUGAAGAACAUCUUAAAACUAAACCACCCGCGGGCAUUGCAAAAUUUUUCAUGUUACCCAAUCAAAAUAAUCAGUUUUAUUAAAACAUGAAUAUACUCCGUCCAAAAAUGAAUCAUGAAUGUCUAUCUCAAUUGUAAAAAAAAAACAUAUGGUAGUUGUAAGAGAUUGAAGCUGUACCUUUACACGAGAUUUAAACAUUUGUUAUGUUGUAUAAUGUUUAUUAUGUUUUAAAAUUAUUUUCAAUUACAAUUAGAAUAUGAGUAGAAAAGUUUCAUAACAUA